GCCGGAAGCUGGUGCGGAGCUUUUGCUGGUCAUCACACUCACACAUUGACGCGGGCAGGCUCAUUACUGGAUCUUUUCUGGGCUAUCUACCACUUGUACAUUCAGCGCAUUCAUUUUCAAACCAUCAACCCUCCCAAGUGAGGUCGCCGCCCGUGCUUUCAACCCCACUUUCUCCAAGGGCUUUCAGCUUGUAUUGAGCAAUCCAGAUCGACGAUGCUCCCCCUUGGUCUUUUGACGGCCGCGCAAGGCCACCCCAUGCUUGUCGAACUCAAGAAUGGCGAGACGCUGAACGGACACCUUGCCAAUUGCGACAACUGGAUGAACUUAAUACUCAAGGAAGUUGUCCAGACCAGUCCCGAAGGCGAUCGAUUUUUCAGACUACCAGAAGUGUACAUCAGAGGAAACAACAUCAAAUACCUACGGAUCCCCGAGGAGAUUGUGGAGAUCGUCAAGGAGCAACAACUAAACCAGCCACCAAACCGCGGUCGCGGUGGCCACCGGGGCGACAGAGGUGAUAGGGGCGGCCGCGGUGGUCGGGGUCGUGGUCGGGGACGAGGCCGGGGCGGCAACUAGGACUGAAUAGCAACCGGUUACAUGAGAAGAGACGAAGAUAGAUACCCCGGGGGAGAACAAGCAGGUAGUUUGCCAGGGAGAUCCAUUUGGCGGGCUAGUCGAGCAUGGCCUUGGCGUAUAUGGCUCUGUAUUUUCAAUGGGAAUUGUGCCAUCUAUGCUAUUUUUAAUUAGGAACGC